AAACCCUAAAAAAACAAUAAACUAGACCAAAAACCCGAAAAAAGUGAAAUCUUGGGGACUCGCGAAUUUGGUGGAGGUGAAAAGUUCGCGCUUCGGGGAGAUUGGCGGGGUGGAAAGUUUGGCGUAUUGAUGCUGGUGGCUGUGUGGACCCAUAUGAAGUGUAUUUCACCCCCGUGUGAGCAUCAUUGCGGGGGGCCAGCCGGUGUGUGAUGGGCGGGGAGGCGCGGGCGGGAGAGAGAGAGAGAGGGAACAGUGAAUGAAUCUUGCCAUUACUUAAGAGGACAGGAGAUGGUGAGGCAGGAGUGAGACCCAGCCGUGUACAGCAGCCCCUGUAGGCGGUGGGAGGCCCCAGACACCCUCCCUGGCCGCCACGCGCGUCCUCCACCCUACCACCUCUCGUCCACCACCCCAGCUCACCCCAGCACAGCACAGGACAUGAGGCAUGCUUUGAGGCCAAGAUGAAGCCAGGCGGGCUGUGUCCCCCGGGCGAUGGGCGUGCACUGCCCCCCGGGGAUGGGGUGGGGCUGCCUCACAAGCUGUCUGAUGCCUGUGCCCAGUUCCCCAAAGGCCCGGCCACCCCCAGGGAGGGUCGGGCCUGCCUCACCCCCGAUCUGUACGAGGAGGGCAGGCAGGGCAGCCGGCCGGCCCACAGCCCCCUCAAUGGCCAUCUGGGCCAGGAGGCGCUGCUCAACGGGGCCUUCCACCGGGACUGUCAGGUGCUGUCCCCGCCCCAGAGUGAGGACGGCGAUGAGGAUGGGGCACACCCCUCCCCUGUGGGACCCCGGCCCGGCGGCAUGAGGCCACAGGGUGCCCCCGACUCUCCCACUGCAGUGCCCCCAACCCUGCCCAGCAUCUGUGGCAAGCGCUACGAGCAGCUCACUGUCAUCACCGCCGAGCCCCGGGGCCGGGGCGGCACUCCCCUCGCUGACCCCACCACCCCCUCCCCUGGAAGUAGUGCCCUGUGUAGCCCCAGCCCGGGGCAACAGGGAUCUGGCUUGGGGCGGGGUGUGGGUCUCACCUCCCCCCGGGGGUGCAAGGGGCAGCGGGGGCGCAGGAAGUGUUCCCUGGAAGAGGUGAUGAGCAAGCUGCACAGCCGCCAUGGCACACACACCCUGGCCGGCCAGAACGCCCUGCAGAACUUCCCCCUCACCGACCGCCUGCUGGGGGUGCACCAGGCAGCCCCCAGGCUGGGUGAGGGGGGUUGUGACAGGACAGUGACACUUCCCUCCCAGCACCCAUCCCCCACCACCCCCACCACCAGUGUGUGUGAUACCGACAGUGUUGCCCCCCUGCCGGGCAUUCCCCCUGUGGGGCAGGCAGUGCAGGGGCCAGGGCUCAGGACUUCCCGGCCGGACACGUCCCCCGGCGCCCCAAGUGUGAGGACCCCCAGUGUUGUGAGUGACAGUGUGGCAGCCGUGGUGGGGCUGGCUGCCGCUGCCGCUGCUGCCACUGAUGUGGACACCACGCCCCAAGGUGUGCCAGGUGCCCCACCCUCACCACCCAGGCAGGACCCCACUCAGGACACAGAACAGCCAACAGACACAGACAGAAAUGCCCCCACUGGCCCAGACAGAGGAGUGGCUUGUGCCCCGGCAGUGCUCAACCCACCAGUGUCCCCAAAAGGGCUCAGCAGCUGCCCCGCUCCCCCCACAGAGACCCCAAUGGAUGGCAGGGCCACCGCUGUGCCUGAUGGGGUUGACGUGGGUGGGGGGGAGGGGGAGAGAGGCAUGGGGAGCCCUGUGGAGGAGGUGGACAGUGGCCGCAGCAGCAGUGUGGAGGUGUUGGAGGGGGAGGCAGAGGGGGAGAGGGGCUGCGGCUCCCAGGCCAGUGAGAGUGACAUUGAGGUGCUGUUUGACAGCACUGGUGGUGCUGCUGCCAGCACUGCCACUAUUACCACCACCACCACCACCACCACCACCACUACUGCCACAUCUGUAGAGAAGGCUGUCAAAAGCACAGUGGUGGCAACAGCACCACCAGCAGCAGCAGCAGCAGCAGGCAGCAUUGGCAAGGUGCUGGACACUGGCAGGGUGGGAGAGGGGCAGGGGGCAGCACUGCUGACCCUGCCUGGCAUGGUUGGGGGCGCGCCCUUCCUGGAGCCCAUCUCGGACGACGAGAACUCCCUGCUCACGUCAGACCUGUCCUCCGUGUCUGGGGCGCUCAGCAACUCCAACACCCCCAUGUUCUCCGACACGCCCUCUGAUGCCUCCCGCGGGGCACUCAUGGUCAAGAUAUCCGAUGCUGUGGCAGCAAUACUCUCUGACGUGUCCGACGACAGCCUGCCCGAUUCUCCACUGGCCAGCAGCUCCAACUCCACCGACGGCUUCCCCUCUGCACGCCAGCAGGCGGAACGGCUCAGCAGGAAGAUAUCCAGCAUCUGUGACAAACUGGAGCAGGACUGUGGCAGGGAGGGCGGCACGGCUCCCACCCCGGCCCCCAGGCCAGCCCUGGGGGGUGGGGAGGGAGAGGUGGGGGUAAGCAGUGAUGGCAAGGACGGCAGGACUAGCCCCCCUCGUGCCCCAUGCCCCCUGCAGCCCCCCGCGGCAGAGACAGUGUUUCCCCUGAUACAAAAACAAGCAGGUUUAAGUUUAAUUCCUUGUGUUGCUUUGUCAUCGUCUUCGUCCUCGUCACCGUCUUCAUCCCCAUCGCCCCCUCCACUGCCAUCACCACCACCACCAUCACAACCACCACCACCACAGCCCUCAUCACCACCACCACCACCACCGCAGUCAUCAUCGCCGCCGCCGCCGUCACCACCUCCACAGUCUUGUCAAAGUGUUUCAGUGUGUGAAAUUCCAGUCAAGCAAAAGGAACAGCAGCUACAGGAGACCACCAUCCCCCAGCCAGGCAGAGACAGCCCCCAGCCUGACUCUUCCACCACCACACAACAGCCAUCACCACCACCACCACCACCACCACCACCACCCCCACUUCCCAGCGUGGAUGGGGAGGAUGGGGGGAAGGAGCAGCAGGCAGCCGUGACACAGAGUGGUGGUGACUUGGGGCCUGGCACGGAGGCAGAGGCUGAGAGUGUGGUGCCCAGUGACCCCAGUGACUCGGUCCCACAGCCACCCAGCAGUGCCCCGGCUGUGCCCUGCACCCUGUCUCCAGAUAGCCCCACGGAGGGCCCCGGGCCGCCCCCACAUGUACCUCACACUGACCUAGGCACAAAUUACUGUAGUAGAUCAAUGGAUGCUGAUAACAAUCCAUGCCAAAACCACAUCUCAGGAUCUCAAACCAUUUCUAGUCAAACCAGAUUUUGCAAUAUACACCCGGGUGACGUGACGCAGCCCCCGGCAGGCGCCAGUCCCCCAGGGCCCCAGGCAGAGGCUCCCCAAGAGUGUCCCAUCCCCCAGGGACACCAUUCCCCCACACCAGGCCCAGCAGGGUCCACCACACCGGCACCCUGCUCACCACAGACGCCUGCCACCCCAGAGGAGGAGGCGAGGGCAUCUCACAGCCACGCAGGCACAGAGGCUGCUCUCUGUGAUGCAGGGAACAGCGAGGCACCCACAUUGCUGCCCAGCUUGGCAUGUGCUGGUGUGACACAGCAAGAGAGUGCCACGCAUUACCAGCCUCAGGCCUCUACUGUGCCUCCCACCACUGCCACCACCACCACCACUACACCACAAGACACAGAACAGUCUUCCAGUGAGGGCACACUCCUGCCCUCCUCUGAGUGCACCACAAUCACUAUACCUCCUCCAGACACUCCCCUCACCAGUGAUGCCCCUCAGCAGGAGACACCAGGGACAGAGUCACCGCCACAGCACACAGCGCCUGCUGAGUGUCCUGUGAGCAGUCCCAGUGGUGUGGAGCCCCUAGGUGGUGAUGAGAAGUGUGCCCCCCCAGACAGCAGUGAUGGGCCAGGGCAGUGUGAGGUGGGCAGCUCCAGUGGCAGUGAAGGUUGUGUACUGGCAGCAGAGCCUACCACCACCACCACCACUGCCGCCACCACCAAGUCUGUGGUGGAAGAGGGUGAGGAGGGGUGUGGUGGGGAUGGCUGCAGAAGUGAGGGGGUGGUGAGGAGUGGAGGAGACACCCAAGUGCCUGGCAGUGUGGCAGUGAGUGCCAUGCAGCACCCAGCCACCUCCCCCCACACACCAGUGCCCUUAACUUGCCCUGCCGAGGAGGAGACGGGUCCAGCUGGGGGCUCACAGGACCUCGACACCCCCGCUACCUCAGUCCCGCCUGCCCCCACCCCGCCAGGCUGCCCCGAUGCACCACAAGCCCUAUGCUCUCUAGGAGAAGCGACCAACGACUUGCUGGUGAGUGGCUCGCCUGGCGUCAUACUGGAGGAGUGUGAGGUGAGGGAGGAUGCCCCUUGCACCUCCCCCUGCCCUGUGACAGACCCCUCACCCGCCCCAGGGGAAGAGGUGACAGGGGACACGGGUGCCUCUCCACACGACUCUCCGAGUGAACCUGCAUCCCCUAAGGCUGAAGCUACAGAUGGGAGCCCACACUCCCCCUCCCCCCACGUGGCUGCAGAGGACGCCACACACACACCCCAGCCCGAGCUGCUGGCCUGCCUGGGUCUGGAGCGGCGCCACCCCAGACAGUCCCCCAGACCCUCAGAGGAGGUUAGUGUGGCCCUCACCCAGGGCCCUGAUACCUCUGAUAUGCCCAGGGGACAACAGGAAGCUGCCACCCAUCAGGAGGUCCCCCUACAGCCAGCACAACCACCAGACAACAUUCCCACUGCCACCACUGCCACCAACACACUCCCUCCCCCACCAGACCUUCCUGCCACACCUGAGGAUGCCCACACUUGUGUUCUAGAGGAAGACACACACCACACACCACAGAACACCGCUACCACUACCACACCACAGCCACCGCCCCAGCAGGAAGAGAGUGUGGUGGCAGCAGCAGCAGCAGAGUGUGAUGUGUCAGUGAGAAGUAGCCCAACUAGUGUGCUGCUGUGUGCCUCUCUGCCACACACCACCGCACCACACACCCCCGGGGAGGCCACCACACCCACGCCAGGUCCCAGCCUGCCCGAGGAACACCCCAGAGACAGUAUUGAGAGCACAUUCCACGAAGCCAAAGCAAGGCCCACCACUGACCUCCCCGCUGACCUGCCCUCCGUCAAGUCCCCCACUGUGGGCGUGACCCCAGACGAAGUCACCAUUCCCCAGGGUGAACCCCACACGGGGCUGGCCUCAGAACACCCAGUGCCCCCCAGCUAUGUGGCCCAAGGGGUGGGAACACUGACAGGCAAGGGCAAGGGGGAGGUGCAGGGUGUGGGUGCCGAGGAGGUGACCCCGAGUGACCCGUGCCAUGAGGAGAGCCAGACGGCAUGUGACACUGUGACCCAGGACACCCAGGACACCACGGCAGCCACUGAGGAGGGUGUCCACUCAGCCGUGGAGGACACCACCACCAAGCCAGACACCAGUGUGCCGCACCAGCCACAUACCACCGACACCACCAUGGCCUGCUGCGCCACAGACUCAGACCUGCAGCAGAGGCAGGCCAUACAAGGACAGCCAGAGGGGGCGCUUCAGCUCAGCCUGGACCUGGUGAAGAAAGAGGUGCUCCACGGAGAGGAGGACACUUCCCCCUCCUUGACAGACAAGGCAGAGGUGGAGGUGCAGGACAUCCAGGAUGUGCAGGGUAGGCCCUCAGGUCCUGCAGGAAGGGUGGCCAGCACAGAAGCACACGGGACUCCCGGCAAGGGAGAGAGCACAGAGGUGUCUGGUGCUCUGUGCCCGCUGUGUGGGGAGGCCCUAGCAGUGCCCCUGGAGCGGCACCUGACAAUCCACCACAUCUGCUGCACAUUUGUGCCGGCCAAGACCACCCUGGCCUACCGCCACCACAUGCUGCAGCGGGUGACGGAUGCCCCCGACCUGCCACCGGGGGAGGACCUCUACGCUGACAGCCUGUUUGUGUGCCGCUCCUGCUGCUUCGUGUCAUACGACAUCAACGCAGUGCGCUUCCACCUCAACAUCCACGAGGAGGUGUACCAGGCACGGCCUGGCCGGGAGGACUGUGCCUGCGACCGCCGCUCCUACUCCUACCCCUCACACAAGUGGAGGUCCCUCAUGCACCACAGCUCCCACCACUGCCACCUGUGCGGCCACUACUUUGCCUGCCAGGAGGGCCAUGCCAGCCACACCCUGGCCCUGCACUUCCCGGCCCAGCGGUGCCCAGUGUGUGGGUGCGAGGUGCCACUCGGCGAGGCUGUGCAGCACCUAGCAGGCCACCAGGGAGAGCCGGCUGCCCCAGACACCCAGCAAGACGAGUCGUCGUCUGUCUGCCCUCCCGAUGCAGCCCCGUCCCCGACAGACCGGUUCGGUGUCUCCUGGAACAUCUAUGACAACUGCAUCAACUUUCUGGAUGGCAAGGACUUCCGGCUGGGCACAGCACCCAAGGUAGUGGACCCCAGCCUGGACCGCAGCUACCUGGCCCUGCCACUGUCCAAUGUGGAGGAGGAGGCGGUGGUGCCGCCCCACGCCAUCCUGGACCCCGGCCAUGAUAUCCACCGCUACCUCAAGAACAAGCGUGUGGUGCGCAUCCCUGGCGGUGGUGAGGAUGCCCUGCGCAGCUUCAGUCUGGCUGUGCAGCUGGACCUGCACAAGAAGAUGAACCGCAAGGGCCGCAAGGGCCCUGCAGAGCGGCCCCGCGCUGCCCGCCGUGAGGAUCUCUUCACCGUGCUGGGCAUUCAGGUGCCCCGGGCCAGGCCACCUGCCCCCAAGCAGCCUGCACACCCCACGCCGCCCCGUACCCCCGGCAGGAAGCCACGCAGGAAGCCGAGUCUGGAGAUUCCCCUGGGGGAGCCCUCCAGCGACGGACCACAGCUAACCCGCACCCGGUCUGGCAUGAUGCAGGCACCCCGUGGGGAGGGGGUGGCACCAGGGGGCAGAGAGGAACCCACCACACCAGUGAAUGAGGGGGCAGGACCAUCAGCGGCAGAGGUGCACGGGGAGUGGUCCCGGGAACACACCUACGUGUGCUGCUCCUGCGGUGCUUCCUGCCUCAACCUGGCAGACAUGAUGGACCACAAGUGGGAGAUGCACCCCGCUGUGUGGUGUGCACACACCAUGCUGGAGGGCCAGGGCCUCGUGCCCCACGGCUUCAGGAACCAGUUUCAGCCACCCACUGCCCGGCCCUGCGUGCUGCCCCUGCCCACCGCCGCUGCCACCACACCCAAGGUGGAGGCCCAACCGCCCUCUGGCACACCCCACCCUGAGGCCACUGCCACCCACACCUGCACCAGCUGCCACUCCAUCUUCCAGGACAUUGCUGCCUUCCACACACACCUGGUGGAGUGUGGUGGACUCAGCCUUGUCUCUGUUUCCAAGAAGAAGACCAAGAAGGGAUUCAGGUUCAAGCGCAGGAAGGGCCAGGGGAUGCCCUCCAAUCGUUACGGCAACACCUCGCAGCCCACCACACCGCUGAAGGCCCGGACAGGUGACAGGUCGUCUGGCCUGAACACACCACUCAGCGACCGCCCCUCGGCCCUCUCACUCCCAACCUGUGGAGUCAAACGGCGCCUGGAGUUGGCUGUUGGUUCCAUCGACAAUGUGGAGCUGAAAAACCGACUCAAGGCCAUCAUCACCAACACUCGGGGCCCACUUGGUGGUACCUCCUCGCACCCUGGCCGCCGCCCCAAGAUGAAGCUGCGCAAGAAGGCCCUGGACACCCGCCGCCUCCGCAAGACACGACACAGCGACCGGGUGAAGGAACAGCGUGCUGAGAAGACCGAGAAGGAGGAGAAGGUAGAGGUCUCGGCUGAGGAUGGUAAAGGGAAGGCAGGCAAGAAAGGUACUGCUACAACUGCCACUACUACUGUUGCACCUGUCCCAGAGGCUCCCAAGCAGGUGAAGGGCAAGGAAGCCAAAAAGAAAGGGAAGAAGGGGAAGAAGAAGAGUGUGAAGAGUGAGGAGGACCUGGAGGGGGUGAGUAGCCCCUCUGGCACUGCUCCCUUGGACGUGGAGGACAAGAAGAAAGUGAAGACUGAAGUGGUGACAGACGUCGAUGCAUCACUGGUCACUGAGAAGCUACAGAGAGUGAACGGUUACCUGAGCAAGACCAAGAAGAUUAAGAAGAAGAAGAAGAUUGGUGGCAAGGUCAUGGUGGCUGAGAAGAAAGAAGAGAAGGUUCCAUUGGUGGCCUCCUCCAUCACCCCAGCUCCUCCCACUGCUGCAGAGAAGAAAGGGAAGGGCAAGAAAGCAGCAGGGAAGAGGAAGGUGAUGCAGAGUGAAGGUGUGACAGAGGUAGACACAGAGAAGCCAGUGAAAGGUGCCAAGAAAACCACCAAGAUCAUGAAGAGUGAGAAGAGACAAUUGGAGGAGAGUGAGGCCCCAGCACCCUCUACCAGCCCCCUGCCGCCCCCUCAGGAAGCCAGCAUCAGGCCCAGGAAGGUGAGGAGGACAAGUAGCGUAGAGACCAAUACCAGCUCCGUCAAGGAGGAGGAGGAGGAGGAGGAGGAGACAGAGACCACAGCCGGGGACGAGGAUGAAGAGGAGGGAGGCGAGUGGAACAGCGACAGCAAGGACUGCACUAGUCGAAUUCGGGACGCCCUGAGACCAAAACGACAAGCCUACUUCUCCUCCUCCAGCGAAGACACAGAGAACUCGGACGACUCAGAACCAGAGGUGAUACGGAACUUCCGCAGCGGGCGGGGCUGUAGCGGCAGGAUGGGGCUGAGGACCAAGCGCUCCCAGGGCAGCUCCAGGUAUGCCUUUCGCACCUGCUUCUCUGCCACCACCAGGAGGAAGGACCCCAGGGGUGCAGCAGGGCAGGACGAGGGGAAGACUGUGGAUGGUGUGGAGGAGGAAGGGGAGAAGGAAGAGGAAGUGGAGGAGUUGCCUCUCACGCCUAGACGGAAAAGGAAGAUUGCGAAUUACGAGAACCAGGAUGACUACACCUAUGUGCCCCACGAGAGCUCCUCAGACGUGGACUACAUGGAGGCAUCUGAUGACGAGGCCACUUCUGCUGCUGCCCCCAAGAGGGAGUCGCCACGGCUAGGGCGCUCCAAGAGGCGAAGCACCCGGCUGUCCAGCAAGACCAGCAGCAGUGGCAGCAGAACUCACCAGCAGGAGGAGGAGGAGGAAGGCAUGGAGGCGGGCAGCAGCAAGGCGAGUCUUCCCGAGGGGACCGCCAAGCCAUCACCCCAGAAUGAGUCCACUUGGGAGGAGCUGGCAGGAGAGGCAGCUGGCAAUAGCAGGGUGGAUGAGAGUGUGGCAGAGUCCCCCAGUGCCUCCACCUCCAGUGUGUGCAGCACCAUCAGGAGUCGCAGGAGAAGCCUGGAGGUACCCAGAGAAGCCGGCCCCAAGGUACAGAAAGCACCAAGAACAGCCAGUGCCCCCAGUAGUGACCUUGAGGGAGAGGUCCGGUGUGCCAGCAAGGCAUCGAAGAGGAAGGGUGUGGCCCUGCUGGAGCGCCUGGCCCUGAGCAGCAGCUUCCAGGCACAGGUGGAUGAGGUGGCCGGCAAGACCCAACGUAGGAAGAAGGCCGCACCCGCCACACAGUCUGACUUCAAGGACACGGAUGAGGAAUGUGUGCAGGAAGCCAUCCCUGGAGACAGUGAGCCCUCCACCAGGCCCCUGCGUAGGAACAGGUAUAUCCUCUCAGAGAACAGCGCCAGCGACAGCCAGGCCAGGGACAGGGACCUGCCCCUCAAACCCCUGCGGAGGAACCGCUACCUCCUGUCAGAGAACAGUGCCAGCGACAGCCAGGCCCUGGAGUCUGAUUCCAGCAUGGACAAGCCACACCCACUGCCCCUGGCCCGCCGUAGGAACGUCAUCGUGUCCAGCGACGAGGCCGAGGCUCAGCUGUCCAUCCCUGCCAAGACUGCAGCUGCCCCAGAGACUCCCACUGAGGAUGCCCCAGAUGACCCACCCCAAUCUCCCGCCAAGAAGAUGCGGCCAGCAAAGAAGACCCAGACCAAAACUGAUCCUGGUCCCAUCCAGCAGACCUCUCAUGCCCCUGAGGAGGAGGAUGACGAGGACGACAAUGUGCCACUGUCCACCCUGGCACACCUCAACAGGAAGCAGGAUGUCACGGCCACUUCCCCGGCACCAAGGAAGACCGUGGCAGUGGCAGUGGCAGCACGGCAAAAGGCGUCCAGCAAAAGCAAGAAGCGGCUGAAAGUGCGGCAGCUGAACCGCCUCAUCAAGGAGUCUGCCGCACAGGACUCUGAGUCGUCCAGCUUCGAGGGCUUCAGCUCCACACCCUCCCAGCGGUGGGGCAAGGCCAAGGCACCCACCAAGAAGUACAAGAAGAAGCAGAGCCUCCUGAAGGCCAAGCCCCUCCACUUCAGCAGCACAGCCAGUGAGUCUGAGGCCUCCGACGAACCCCGGGCCACCAGGAAGACCAAGAAGCUGGGGGCAUCACCACUUAUCACAGCACCAGGACUGACAGAGGGGGAGGUUGGGGCCGCCCCACCCCAGUGGCAUGGCAAGGCUCCAACCAGCCACAAGAAGAAGGCAAAGAGUAGCAAGAAGUACAAGAAGAAAGGAGGUAAGGGCCUGGGAGGAGCUGGCAAGGACAGCCUGAAGGGAAACACCAUUGCUCCCCACAGCAUGCCAGUGCUGGAGUGCAUGGUGGACAUGAAGGCGGGCCAGGAGGAGGGACAGCACACCCCUCCCUUUGCUGAUGCCUCCACUGAGCCAGCUGCAGUCAAGGAUCACCAACCACCUGCUGACCCACCCAAGGACACCCCUGUGGUGACCCCCACUCAGCAGCCCCCUGACCUGCUGCCAGCCACCACCAACAGCCUGGAGGAACAGGCCGCCCCCUUGGCCUCCCUUCUCCCUCAGGAUAUGCCGGCACCUCCUGUGGAGUCACCAAGCAAGGCUCCUCAGUCCAGGAAGAAGAGGAUUAAGUCCACUCAGGAGGCAGUAGCCAAGGACAAGGCCAGUGGUGGUGGGGAGCCACUGCCACCAUCAUCACCCCCACCACCACCACCACCACCGGUGUCCCCAGCAGAGCAUCACACCAAGAUGGCAGAGUCCAUACCAUCACCCAAAAAGGCUGGGAAGAGGAAACGUUCAGUGUCUGUGUGUGGGGCGGCAGGACAGGAGGCCCCGGAGGCAGGAAGGGACGGCACUGCCCCUGCCACCACCACCUCAACCACCACUACCACCGCCAGUCCUGUGGCCACCACUCCCAAGACCACUGCAGCCUCUAAGAAGAAUGGUGAGAGUGCCAAGAAGAAGAAGAGCUCGAGUGGCAGCAAGGCAACCAAGAUAGAGGUGAACGAGCUGACCUGCACAGACUGUGGCCUCAAGUUUGGGUCACUAGCGUCACUGGAGGACCACCGCCAGGACUGCCUCACCAUUGCCUUCGAGAUGAGCAUGAUGGAAGCUGAGGACCACCUGUUUGAGUGCCCUCACUGCCACCUCACCUUUGCCAAGAAGGGCACACAGCGAAAGCACACCACCUCCUGCCGCCUCGUCAAGUACAAGCGCUACGAGAGCAAGGCGUUCAAGAAGGCCUCCCGUGGCGCCUCUACCACCCCUGCCCUGCUGCUACCCGUGGGGGACGCUGCAGUGGUCGCCCCGCCUCCCCUGCCCUCCCCGGGGAAGGGGUCCAAGAGCAGCAAGGAAAACAUCUCUGGGGAGGUGCUGCCUGGGGCCCCUGACCCCAUGCAGAAGGAGGUGAAGGAGGUGCUGCGGGUGCCGGUGUAUGGCCGCAACACCGAUAAGAUGGGCACAGUGCUGGUGGGUGGCAACACCCUGCAGGAGAAUAUCAAGAACCUGGAGCCCCUGCAGCGGGUGGCGCCCUUAUCCAUGACUGACGCCACCCCCAAGGCGCGGCGGGAGCCCCAGCAGCUGAAUGGGCGCCUCCUGAAUGGGGAGCACCUGGACCCCUUCCCCACCAGCCCAGUGGAGGAGUCCCCGCGCUGUGGCGUGUGCGGGUAUGAGACAAGCGAUCCCGACGUGUUGGCCAAGCACCGCCUCAUCCUUCAGUUCUCGCGGUACUGCCAGCAGCAGACAGUGAAGGAGGUGUGCGCCCUUGCUGCCAACUACAACCUGGGCCUGGAUGCGGUGCGCGGCAUGGUGUCUGCCGCCACCACACACCAGGGCUUUAUCACCCUCGCCUUCGACCCCAAGCAGCCGCCAGUGUCCACGCUGAGCUCCCUGGUGGGCGCAGCAGCCAGCACCACUGCCAAGCUGAAGGAGGUGCUGGCGUCGCCGCACUGUGCACGGGUGCUGUCCAGUCUGGAGUCCCUGGCCAAGCACUACCAGACCUCCGACGCCGUGGACAUCACCGGCACCAAGCAGGACACCCUCAAGACGGUCGCCAUCCUCGAGGAGGUGCUGAAGGACAUCUCUGAGGCAGACAACGCCCUCCUGAGGAACCGUAUGCUCAAGUCCAUGAGAGAGACAUUCGAGGCGGGCACUCUCAACUGAUAGGAGUGCACAGUGCGGGAGUGGAGGUACGAUAGUCAAUGUUAAAGGUUGUGAUCCAAACUUUGUAGUGACUCAACUCUGUUCAUGCAAUAACGGGAAGGACAGCUGGUGGGGUGCAGCGGCGGCGGCUGCCACGGGCCACAAAGUAUUGGGCAUUGUGUUCUUUAAAUUAUAAUUACAUUUAAGGCUCAUUUUGACAACGGACCAAAAUGGGACAGACUAGUGACUCGGGAGAAAGGAAUGAGAUUAGCGCCGCAAGGCUGUGUGUGUGUGUGUGUGUGUGUGUGUGUGUGUGUGUGUGUGUUGGUGCAGGGAAGAAGACAGGCAAAGGAUGACAUAGAGAUGCUGACUACUCCAGCCCUUCACUACAGAUCAACACAGGCUGUAUGAUAUAUGUUUAUUGUUACCGUUGGUCUGUGGUGAAGGCGUGAGGGUGGCGGAGUGGUGACACGAGAAGGGAGGGAGGGCAGAAGGGCAGGGCGUGGCUAAUGAGUGGUAUCGAAGACUCAUUUCCUGUGUUCACAAUCCCACAUGCACUAUAGUUUUCUAUGUAUUUAAAAAUCUUUACUGAUAAGGAGUAAUUUUAAAGGCAAAAAAAAAAAAAAGUUUCAGUAGGAAUUAGUCAACACAAAAUGCAAGAAUGUUAUUACUUUUAUUUUCAUUUGUGUUUGUUACUUAUUAGUUAUUUAUUUUGUUCCAUCUUUCGUUCCUCCCAGCACGCCCCAAGGAAUUCUCAGCCUUGUUUUGUCUUCGGGUUGGGCGGGAGGGCGGAGGCGGGCAGCGGGGGAGGCGCGCGCGGCGGCUACACCACAAGCUCCCCUCAUAUCAGUUUGUACGAAAAACAACAAAAAAUGCCCACAAAAAAAAAGAAGUACAGUGUAGACUUAGCAACAGUUUGUUAAUACUGUAGGGAUUAUUUUAGGUAGUGUAUCUAAAUGUUUCUUGAUCUCAAAACGACUAAAAAAAAAAAAGAACUGGUUCAGGAGGCAGAGCGGAGGGCGAGCGGGGCCGCGGCGUGGGCUAGUGAGGGAGGGAGGAGGCGGGGCAGCAGCAGCGCUCAGUUGGACACACACAAUCAACCUUCACGUUUUUCCUGCUUUAUAUAGACAACAGCAACACACUUUUACAGAUCAGCGUAUAUUUUUGUUUGUUUUCUUGGUCUUUCCUGUAUUUAGGCGUAACUCAACAACAACAACAACCCCCAAGGCUGGUGUUGCUUUCCCGUCACUUAGUUCAUAAGACACGUGCUGAGUGUAAGUUUGUCUUUUCAUAUUAUUUAUAAAAAUACAUUUUUGUACUAAACAUAAAUAUAAGAAUAAAUGGAGAUGCAUGA